GUGCGCGUAUCAUGGACGAUCCAUUAUACGAAAACUAAUAUGGCCGAAAUUUAGUAACCCUUUCGAUAUUUUCUUUAUUGUUCGCCAACGUAUUUGAAGUGUUUCGUAGUGCGACGAAUUACGAUUAUUAACAUUAAACAAAACAUUCAAGCCUAUUUCAUUACAAAAAGGUGUUAAAUUGCUCGACGAACGUUUUUGAAGUGAAAUAGGUACUCCAAAAGAGGUCCUGAUUUCUUGUGUAACCUUACCAUUAUGAUGCAUCCAAAUAUGCAUUCACAUGGGAGUCAUCAUCAUGGGGGACACCCUAUUCAUGGGGGUAUUUCCAUGGCACAUCCUGUUGCUUCUGCUCAUCAGCAUCAGCAUCAGCAACAUAACUCACAUAGAGAUCAGAACCGUGUUAAUUCAAAUGGACGUAUGACACACAAUCAGCACAUGUCAUUGCAUCAGCACUCGGUUCAGCAACAAUUGCAACAACGUACAGUUCUUCAUGCUGUGCCCCAACCCAGUGCACAACCUACAGACUACAUAAGUAAAACAAAAGGGAAAUGGGAAAAAUGGUGUAUUUUUUUUCAACAACUUUCAACUGCUAAGGUAUUCGCACUCGCGCUCGUCCUGUUAGUGUCGAACUGUAUUGGGACAGCCCAUGCUAGAAAACUAGAACAGACAGUGUUCACAGCUGAAGACUUGUAUGAAAUGUUUGGGCCAAACGGUUGUCUGGAAGGCGUUCUGGUGUCCAUGAGCGCCGGCCCCACUCCCGUGGUCUCCGCACAGGGCGGCGGCGUCAGCAUGACGUUGAAGCAGCAGACUGUGUCCGACGCUACUGGUAUCACCUCAGGAGCCACGUCCGCCACUGGCACGAACGACCCGGUCGUCGAAGUGGCGAACGUCACGUCUACUGUUCGCCCUGAAAACACUACAAACGGCAGCAGCGCGCACUCUGCGUCUACCUUGGCCAACACUAAAGAGAAGACCCCCAUGUGUCUAGUCAACGAGCUGGCAAGAUACAACAAGAUACAACAUCAGUACAGACUGACGAGCGAACAGGGACCCGCACACAAGAAGCGAUUCACUGUUAUGCUGAAGUUAGGCGAUGAAGAGUACGUUUCCGAAGGAGCGUCGAUUAAGAAGGCACAGCAUUCUGCUGCAGCAGAAGCUCUUCAGUCUACGCAGUACAAACAUCCACCACCCAAAACUACACGAGGCGGUUUAAGAGGUUCCUCCGAUAAGUCUGGAACCAGUGGUAGAUUAGGAGGCGGCGGCAACAUAACACCGACCGUCGAAUUGAACGCGCUCGCCAUGAAACGCGGAGAACCAGCCGUUUAUUACCUGCAACCUAUGAUGGACAUGUCAAACGCCACAAACGCCUCUCAACCGCAACAGACGCAACAAGGUCAAGUGCAACCGCCUCACUUUGUGCAAAUGGCGCCACCACAAGCCGCACAGUUGAAUGGCGCAGGCGGUUUUAACAAUUUUCACCAUCACCAUCAUACUCAUAAUCAACAACAUAGACCAGGAAAUACGUAUCAACAACAACAGAAUAGAUUUCAUCAGUAUGAUCGGAGGGGAAAUCUAAUGAGAAACUACCAUGGAGCAGAGAACAGGAGAUAUUGGAAGCAACACUCAUCAUAUGGACAUGUGGGUCCAGGAGAAGUCUGCAGUGUGAUUUUAAAAGUGGGCUCCAGAGAAUUUGUAGGAGCUGGCAACACGCCCCAAGCUGCCCGGCACGAUGCUGCUUCUAAAGCUCUUGAGGAAUUGAAGAAUCUUCCCAUGCCAGAUGGAACAUGUCCUGCUGUGCAAGGCGAUAAUGUAACUGUUCCAAUGGAGGAUGAUCCAAAUUCUGAAUUAAAAUCACCUAUAUCUCUUGUUCAUGAGAUCGCUUUGAAGAGAAGUUUAGCUGUACACUUCGCAGUAUCCAGUGAAAAGGGUCCACCACAUAUGAAAGUUUUUGUCACAAUUUGUAAAGUAGGUGAUUUGCAAACUGAAGGAGAAGGCAACGGAAAAAAGGUAUCAAAGAAGCGUGCUGCAGAAAAAAUGCUUGAGGAACUACACAAACUUGGACCGAUAUAUACUAAACAGACCUGUGGAGCACCUGCUAGUUGCGUUACUAGAAUUAAACGCAAACCAUCUGCUACCAAGAAAAAGUCAAGAAAUCUGAUAAAAGAAAAAUCUGCCGAACCUGAAUUUAGCGAGGAGGUAAAUCCUAUUUCAAGGCUUAUUCAAAUCCAGCAAGCCAAGAAAGAAAAAGAACCAGUUUAUACUUUGGUGGAAGAAAGGGGUGCUUCAAGGAAAAGAGAGUUUGUGAUGGAGGUAUCUGCAGGAGGUCAUAAGGCCACGGGAACGGGUCCAAACAAGAAACAUGCUAAGAGAGUAGCUGCGGAAAACCUCUUGUCUUUGAUGGGAUUGGUGACUCCAGUUAAAUCAUCUAUAAAAACCAAUGCUGAAGACAACCCAGUGCCUCCAGAAAAGCCUCGCAAAGUUACUUUCCGUGAAAAUUUAGAUGUGGUGACUCCACCUGGCACUGGUGGUGCCAGUCAUAAUCAACAACAUCAUAGUAAUAAUCAGCAAACUGGGCAGUCAACAGGUGGCUCAGCAGGAAGACAAUUGGUACCAGGACUCUUGCUUAUGCAGGAUCAGAAUACACAGAACUUUGCAAGUGCGCAGAAAACAGGAGUUAACAUUCAAACUACUGCUACAAUUGCCAAAGAGUUUUUAAAUGCUGGUAAUUCACCUACAGCUGAUGCUUUGGCAAAAGCUGGGCACAACGGACAAAAAUUCUCUGGAGAACAGCAUUUGUCUGGAGGCAUGGCCCAGUCUGUUCUCAGGCCUAAAGAUCAACUACUCUAUUUAGCUCAAUUACUUGGUUUUCAAGUUCAGUUUUCAGACUUUCCAAAGGGAAAUCAUGUCGAAUUUUUGUCACUGGUAUCUUUAAGUACAAGCCCUCCUCAAGUUUGUCAUGGUGCUGGAGUGUCUACAGAAGCAUCACACGAUCAAGCCGCUCUUACUGCUCUGCAAAUGUUAAGUGAAAUGGGCAUUGACAACAUAACGCCUAAAAAGGAAUUAAGUUCUACUGCGGCAUCAGUAACUGCUUCAGGAGCAGGAAUCAACUCACCACCCGCUGGAGGAGACAAUGAUGGUAUUCAUAUUGGUCAAAACAGCGUCGGAAGCAAAAUAACUAAGAGCACUAUCCUCGGAAAUGGACUGAAGAAAUAAGCUGUUUGUUUAUUAUUAAUUUAUCAUUAUUAUUUUUUUU